AUGGCAGAGAUUAAACAUUCAGUAGCAGAAAAGGCAUACGCACGAUUGGAAAAGGAAAAAAUGUUUUAUGAAGAAGAGCUAAGGACUCUUCAUCAGAAAGCAAGCAGUUUUGAUAAUUCUACAGACAAAUAUGCCAAGACUUUGGCUCAAGAGCAAAUAAAUGAAACGAGUAAAGCCUUGGAAGCAGUGAAUAUGAAAAUCAAGGAGCUUUCGCUCUCUCAGGGAGAAAAAUAA